GUGUUCUGUGGCCGCCUCCCUGGCGGCUCUGGGGAAAUGAGCAGGUAGGAGGCCGACAGCGACCUCCGCGUCUCGGAGCGAACCGUGAGCCUCCCCGUAACGGGAGAGUUCGACUGUCAGCCAAGGUCACCGCGCCCGGCGCAGGGAAGGGGUGGGGGCUCGGCUGAGCCCGCGAGACCCGCCCUGUUCGCCGCAGCCCCCGCCGCGCUCGGGCCUCAGGGUCCCAGUAUGGCGACGGCUUUGACGGACCCGGCGCAGGUGUCUGUGACCUUUGAUGAUGUGGCUGUGACUUUCACCCAGGAGGAGUGGGGGCAGCUGGACCUAGCUCAGCGGACCCUGUACCAGGAGGUGAUGCUGGAAAACUGUGGGCUCCUGGUAUCUCUGGGAUGUCCUGUUCCCAGACCUGAGCUGAUCUACCACCUAGAGCAUGGGCAGGAGCCAUGGACCAGGAAGGAAGACCUCUUCCAAGACGCCUGUCCAGGUGACAAAGGAAAACCCGAGAACCCAGAACCUACCACCUGUGAGCUAGCCUUGUCUGAAGAAAUCUCAUUCUGGGGACAACUAACACAAGGAGCUUCAGGGGACUCCCAGUUGGGGCAACCCAAGGAUCAGGAUGGGUUUUCAGAAAUGCAGGGAGAACACUUGAGACCAGGGUUAGAUUCCCAAAAGGAGAAGCUUCCUGGAAAAGUGAGCCCCAAACAUGAUGGUUUAGGGACAGCUGAUGGUGUGUGUUCAAGGGUUAUACAGGAUCAGGUCUCCUUAGGAGAUGAUGUCCGUGACUGUGACUCUCAUGGAUCAGGUGAAAAUCCAGUGAUUCAGGAAGAGGAAAAUACCUUUAAGUGCAGUGAAUGUGAAAAAGUGUUUAACAAGAAACGUCUGCUUGCUCGGCAUGAGAGGAUUCACUCUGGAGUGAAGCCCUAUGAAUGCACAGAGUGUGGAAAAACCUUUAGCAAGAGUACAUACCUCCUGCAGCACCACAUGGUCCACACUGGGGAGAAGCCCUAUAAGUGCAUGGAGUGUGGAAAGGCUUUUAAUCGGAAGUCACACCUUACCCAGCACCAGCGGAUUCACAGUGGAGAGAAGCCUUACAAGUGCAGUGAAUGCGGAAAGGCCUUCACCCACCGCUCCACGUUCGUCUUGCAUAACAGGAGCCACACUGGAGAAAAACCCUUUGUGUGCAAAGAGUGUGGCAAAGCCUUUCGAGAUAGACCAGGUUUCAUUCGACACUACAUCAUCCACAGUGGUGAGAAUCCCUACGAGUGCUUCGAAUGUGGCAAGGUCUUCAAGCACAGGUCAUACCUCAUGUGGCACCAGCAGACUCACACCGGGGAGAAGCCCUAUGAGUGCAGUGAAUGUGGGAAGGCCUUCUGUGAGAGCGCAGCCCUGAUUCACCACUAUGUCAUCCACACUGGGGAGAAGCCCUUUGAGUGCCUCGAGUGUGGGAAGGCUUUCAACCACCGAUCAUACCUCAAGAGGCACCAGCGGAUUCACACUGGGGAGAAGCCUUAUGUGUGUAAUGAAUGUGGAAAGGCCUUCACCCACUGCUCUACUUUUAUAUUGCAUAAAAGGGCCCACACUGGAGAAAAGCCUUUCGAGUGCAAAGAAUGUGGGAAAGCCUUUAGCAAUAGGGCAGACCUUAUUCGCCACUUCAGCAUCCACACUGGAGAGAAGCCCUAUGAGUGCAUGGAGUGUGGAAAGGCCUUCAACCGCAGGUCAGGCCUCACAAGGCACCAGCGGAUUCAUAGUGGAGAGAAGCCCUAUGAAUGCAUUGAGUGUGGGAAAACAUUUUGCUGGAGCACAAACCUCAUUCGACACUCUAUCAUCCACACUGGAGAGAAGCCGUAUGAGUGCAGUGAAUGUGGAAAGGCCUUCAGUCGCAGCUCAUCCCUCACUCAGCAUCAAAGGAUGCAUACUGGGAGAAAUCCUAUCAGUGUAACCGAUGUGGGAAGACCUUUUCCAAGUGGGCAGACCUCAGUCAACAUCCAAGAACUUUUAUUGGGGAAAAACUUUUUGAAUGUCACCACUGAGGAAAAUCUUUUGCAAGAGGAAGCAUCUUACAUGGCAUCUGAUCAUACAUACCAAAGAGAAACCCCACAAGUGUCUUCACUGUGAGAAAACCUGUUGCCAAAUGUCAUUUGUCACCUAAGGAGUCAUAUUAGAAAAUCACACAGCUUAGAGCCUUAUUCUCCAUCUGAAUUCAUCCUGGAAAAACACCCAAUGGUUGUUAUGCACUUAGGAAAACCUUUAGCUCCAUCUUUGUCAUUAGUUUACAGUGCAGUGUUAUCUCAGGAAUUUUUAUAAAAAGAGGUGACAUAGAAAAAAUGAAAUGCAGACACUGCUUCUUUUAUACUGUUGUCUUAUAUGUACGUUUCUGUCCCACGUCAGGAAAGUUAGUAAGGGAAGGUCUGGAAACUUACUGAAUGUCUUUGUUCUUCAACAUUGUCUCUUCUUAAGAAGCAUUGUUUAUGAGAAAUAUGAAGGCUUGCGUUAUGAAAUACUUUCAUAUUUAAGGAUUAAAGGAAACAUGAAUGCGCACAUUUUAUUCCAACACUUAAGACUGUUUAAGUCUUUGAUUUAAAAAAAAAAUCCUUUUUUAAUGGGUUUUGAACACUAACACUGAGAAUUUUUCUUGAUUCCCAUCUGUCGGUUUACUUGAUUGCUAUAGCUAUAUGGUAAAUCUCAAAAUUAGGUAAUGUGAUUUCUUUUGUCUUAUUUUUAUUUAAAAUUCAUUUAGCAUUCCUAGUUUCUUUGACUUUCCAUAUACACUUUAGGAUUGAUUUUUCUGUUUUUCAAAUAUUCUUGCUUGGAUUUUGAUAUAAUUGAGUUAAAUCUGUAGAUCAGUAUGUUGAGUAUUGGCAUCUUAGCCUUCCAAUUCAUGAACAUGGCAUAUCUUUUCAUUUAUUUAAAUUUUCUUCUAUAUAUUUCAUUACUGUUUUAUAGUUUACACAGUAUAACUCCUGCACAUUUAAAAUAAGAUUUAUAGCUUCAUAGUUUUUUGCGUGAUUGUAAAUGGCAUUGAUUAAAAUUUCAAUUUUCACAUGAUGUUGGCUAGUAUACAGAAACAUUUUUUCCAUCUUGCUGUCUUGCAACCUUUCUAAACUCAUCAUUUCUUGCCAUUUCCUUUGGGAUAAUCCUUAAGAUUUUAAACAUAGAAAUAUCAUUUGCAAUUUGGGACAGUUUUAUUUCUUGCUUCCCAUCUGUACACCUUUUAUUUGCUUUUCUCAUGUUACUGCACUAGGUAGGAUUUCCAGUGUGAUGUUGAAUACAAAUAGUGACACGUUAUCCAUGCCUUGUUCAUGAUAUUGGGGGGAAAUGUUCAGUUUCUCAUUAAUAUGAUGUUGAAAGUUUCUUCCAAAGAGUUUCUCUAUCGAGUUUAGAAAGUUUCUCUCUAUUCCUAAUUUGCUGGGAUUUUUUGGUUAUUAUUAAUAAGUGUUGAAUUUUGUCACUUGCUUUUUCUCCACUGAUUCAUCUAAUUAUGUCAUGUUACUUCUGUAGUCAGUUGAUGUGUUACCUUGACUGAGUUUCGUGUAUUGAACCAGCCUCACAUCCUUGUGAUAAGCCCUACUUGCUCAUGGAGUAUAUAAUUU